ACUAGCAAUAUCUUUCUUUCUUUCUCACUUGUUCUUAAUAAAUCCUUGAUAACCUUAAAGUCUUAUGCCAGAGCCAUCUCAUGCUAUUAUCCAAAGCUGCUUUUGUAUUUCUCUCUAACAUCAGCUGGCUUAUCUUCCUGAGGUGAGAGUUCCCUCACAAUGGAUACUAUUCUCUCUGCACUACUGGGUGAACUAGCCUCUAGAUCCAUAAAUUUCUUCAUCAGAAAAAGCUGCAAGCCAAAGGCACUGGAUGUGGAAGACAGCCUACAAAGGUCUCUCCUUCGGGCACAGGUAAUCAUCGAUGAGGCCGCAGGACGCAACAUCACGAACCAAGCUAUGCUCUAGCAGCUGGAGAUGCUGAGGGAUGCCAUGUACAAAGCCUGUUACAUGCAUGACACCUUCAGGUACCAUUCUCACGGUGAGGAUGCCAAAGAUCAGGUUGUGAGUCAUUCUGUCUCCCUGUCCAAACUAAAUCAUCUGAAAGGAAUAGGUUCUUCCAAUAGAAAGACACAGAUUUUGGAACAAUUACAAGACACCCUUGGCAAUUUGAACUGUACGAUCCUUGAUAUGAAAGAGCUGGCUGUGUUCAUCACAAGCUACCCUCGCCUGUACCACCAGCCAUAUAGCAUGCAUCUACAGCUAGGCAACUGCAUGUUCGGCCGCCAGAUGGAAGCAGAGGUUGUGCUCAAUUUCCUAUUGCACACACAGCCUCAUGUUGCUGAAGAACUGGAGGUCCUUCCAGUUGUUGGUCCAGGCAGAGUUGGCAAGAGCACCCUUGUCGCACAUGUUUGCAAUGACGAAAGAGUCCGUGAUCGUUUUUCUAAAAUCAUGUUUGUGACUGACCAUGAUUUCAAAGAUAAAAAGUUAACCUAUCUUGGGGAAAGAAGUCUGAAGAAAUAUCAGAAUUCCAUGAUUAACAAAGAUGGAAGAGGAGUACUAAUUGUCGUGGAGGUGGCUGGGGACAUCAAUCAAAGUAAGUGGAAGAGGCUGUAUGCUGCUUCUAAAUGGUGUCUGACAAGUGGUAGCAAAAUCAUAGUCACAAGCCGGUCCAACAAGAUCACAGAGCUUGGAACAACAAGGCCAGUAACACUAAAAUAUCUGUCUGAUGAAGCAGACUGGUACUUCUUCAAAACGCUUAUAUUUGGAAGCACAGACCCCAAGAUGCACCCGAGGAUGGCUUACCUAGCCAUGGAGAUAGCCAGGACGUUGAAAGGAUCUCUCCUCAGUGCAGGAAACACUGCAAGUUUACUGAGGGACAACUUUGACAUCCACUUUUGGUGCAAGCUUUUGGUCUUUUUGAGAGGUUUCAUCAAGUGGCACGUCUCCACAUUUGGUGAUCAUCCAGUUGAUGCUCUGAACCAAAAUAGACCCGCGCAUCUUGGAAGAAUGUCUAGAACUUCUGAACAGAUCGUGGUUCAUCAUCAGUAUCAGAGCUCUUCACAAGAGGAGGUUCCGAAGAUAGCGUUGCUAUGUGUGAUAUAUGGAAGUGUUAAGCCUCCUGCUGGGAGGUUUGAUGCCCUAGUAUGGAGAUCCCCAAUACCGCCCUACUACAACUAUAUCUAUACUUGUGAGGUUCGAGAUCUGAAAACCACAUCUACUAAGAGGAAGCGGUCUUAAUUAGUUGUGACAUUUUGAAGCUUCUUGAAGAGAGAGAGAGAGAGAGAGAGAGAGAGAGAGAGAGUACAUCCGUACAUGUUAUAAACAUAGUAUUAAAAAAUGAUGAUAUGAUUUCACAUGUUAUGACCUUGCCAUAUUUAAGUUUCAACUUUCAAGUGAUCGUUACCAGAAAGUGGAUGAAUGAAAUUAAUACUUCAUGGUCAAAUAAAAGCUGUACGAGGGAAGAAUGCAUGCAGUACGUAGCUUGGCCUACUUGCUGUCGGCCAAUCCUGGCUGGAGGUCUUAUUAGUAUUAUUGAUCUGAUGCUGGCCGGAUUUGGUCUUAGAACGAGAUGGUUCAUGGUUGUGGUUACAACGUACUGAUGCUGAGCAUCCUGGGCGCAACUGCAGAUCGAUGUUGAACCUGAAGGUAGAGCUUUCUUCAGUGCUUCGGUAACCAUCCAGGUGGGGAACGCCGAGACCACUCUGUUUUGGCUGCAUGCCUGGAUUCAUGGCCGAUCAGUGUAACAGAUUGCACCUGACCUGUUUGCAUCCAUCUCAACAAGAACGGCGAAGUCCAGGACGGUGGCACAGGCAAAGUCUGGGAGAUUUAAUCCUAGCUGACUACAUCCACCGUGCAUUUGGGAGACGUUUAGAACAUUUCCAGCUCUCUGACGGAGUGCAGGACUAUUUCAGAUGGAGGUGGACAGUUGACGGGGCAUACUCGGUUGUCUAAAAUCUAUGUAAAUUUUCCUAGUUUAUAAACUUUGGGCCGUUUUCUGUCGGAACUUGUAGUUUCAGGGGUGGCCGUUCUUUUGUAACU